GAGCCGCAGCUGCCCCGGGCCAGCAGCAGGCGGCAGCUCGCAGGCGCUGUCAGCGCCUGUCCCGGCACGGAGCUGGGGGCUGCAGCGGCUGCAGAGCCCCAGGGGCCGGGGCUGCGGGCACCGCCGAGCUCCCGGAGGCUGCGCUUGGCUCCGCCGCUGCUGCUGCCGCAACUCUGGGCAGCGGGGACAGCGCAGCCGGAGCUGCCACCGCCCUGCCGAGCCUCGGGCUCCCGCAGGGCCGGCAGCAGCACUGACCGCUCAUCGUGUCCCUUGCAGGGUGCCACCAGCGCCGCUGUAAAGCUGCUCCCGAGGCCGAGCUCCCAAAGGCUUUGCCAGCACUCCUGAUGGGUCGGGAGCAAGGUGCUGAUUGUUCCUGUCCAAAAGAUGCCGGCUGUGAGCAGAAGGAGAGUGAAUUCUCCUCCACUCCUGGAGUUGCAAAGGAGCCCCAGCACCUCCAGGACGGACCGGCAGCCGGGGUACCGCACUUGCCUGAGGCACAAGAAGCCACUCGGCACAAGCAGGGGGAUGCCCCUUGUGAGCACGCAGUGAGUGAAGAUGUGGAGAGUGGAUUCUGCAGCAGGGAUGGGAGUGUGAGGGAGCCCCUGGCUCCCCAGGGCACAUCAGCAACCGGCAACAAACACAAAAGGGACCUCAGAAGAUUCCUGGGUGAACGGCUCAGGCGCCAUCCCGAGGGCACGGCGCUGCUGAUCCUGCUGCUGCUGCUGCUGCUGCUGGCUCUGCUGGUGGCCUUGGCUGUGCUGGCAGCUCCGCAGGCUCCAGUGACAGCUGCCACUCCACAGUGUGUUCUGGGCUGUCCCUUUGACUGGGUUGGGCACAAGGGGGUCUGCUACUACUUCUCAAGGGCUUACGGCAGCUGGGAGCAGGGUCAGGAACGCUGCUCCGAGCUGAACGCCUCCCUGGCCAUUGCCAAGGAUGAGGGGGCCAUGGAUUUGCUCUUCCGCCUCCGCGGGAACGGCGAUUACUGGCUCGGGCUGCGCAGACGGGGCCAGCGCCUGCACUGGGGGGACGGCAGCAGCUACAGCUCCCGGGUUCCUGUCUUCGGCGAUGCCGAGUGCGUGUACCUGGCUGACGAGAGAUUCAGGAGUGAGAACUGCUCAAAUCCGCGGCCGUAUGUCUGCAGCAAGGCCCAAGCUCCCCUGUGACGGGGGCUGCAGAAAGGACCUUCUCCACGCUGGGCAGUGCCAGCUUCCCCUCUCAGCGCAGCCCAGGGCUGUCCUUCCUCAGCUGCACCCUGUGCCUUGCACUGCCUCUCAGGGUCACCUCAGUGCCUGUCCAUCCCCAGAGCCAGCGCUGGGCUGGGGCUGCAAAGGAAACGUCUCUGCAAUCCAUCCUGCCACCCAUGCUGCCUGCAGGGAGUGCAGUGUCCUCAUGGCACAACCAGUGCAAAUGGGAAAUCCAAAUCGCCCUGGCCCCUUGGAAAUCAUCACAAACUGGUGUGAAUGUCACACUUUUGGACUGUCCAUGGAAGAGGAAGCAGAACAGCUGACACGUGGUGAGGAGGAAUCCCACGUUGAUCAUCAGGCACCUGACUGUGAGCAAGGCUCUGUCAGCUGCUGCCUCUUUGUCGUCCUUGGAGGAGGGAUGGUCGGAGCUGCUCUUUGGGGAAGGGAAUUCCCUGCCAUUGGCCAUAACCCGGCCCAGGGGCGCUUCUCCUGCCGUGGGGCGAGGCUGUGCCUGUGCGAGCAGCCCCGCACGGGCCCUUCCUGUCCCCCGUGGUGCCCCAGGGCCCUGUCCCCCUGCUCGCUGCCCGGGACCCUGCGCUCGCCUCUCCCUGCCCUGCCCAGCCCCGGCUGCCGCCAGCGCCCCUGCCGGCCGCGCCCGGAACUGCAGCGAGGGGCGAGCGCUGCGGCCGGGCCGGGCCGGGGCUGGGUGUGCGCCUGCGCGGG